AUGAUCACCAAGACAUUCGUUAAUGCUUUCAUCGCAGCGUCCUUUAUGGCUGGUGUUCAAGCCAGUCCAUGUAAGGCUAGUUCCAAAACAACCGACAUCUCGACCACGGUUGGUAUCACAUUAACGUCUGCUGAGACCGCUGUCUCAACUACUGUUGGAGGUUCUUUGGCCGAGGAUACAACCCUUACCGUCAGCCAUACCGGUACCAGCACUGAGUCAUCUGUUAUUCCAGAGGACAUUACUCCUACUGCUGUCUCGACAACAGCCCUGAGCUCCUCCAUCAUUGAGAGCAGUAUCGAUACAUCAACCGUCCCAGACGACAUCUCCACCACUGCUGAGGGUACAACAACUGCGGAAGCCGCUACUACCACCACAGAAGUUGCCAUUGUAACUUCCUUCCUUACCAACGGUGGAUUCGACGACAAAAAAGAUACCACGGAACCAUGGAAUCAUUUGACUUCUAUCUGGGCUGACUUCUCCAUCGACGGUAACAUCAAGCAUGACGGCAGAAACUCUGCACGUUUGUCCUUCACGAGCUCAGAAACAGCCUAUAUUUCCCAGUCGCUGGACGCACCAAUCGAGGCUGGCAUCUCAUACUCUUUAUCUGCCUGGGUCCGUCCUGGAACCGGAUGUACAUACGCAGCCUUGGCCUGCAAUACCGCAGACACAACUGUUGAAGUACAACAAUUCGAUUUGGCUUCCACUGUGAACCAAUGGAAGUACAUUUCAAUCGCCUGUACCUGGACUCAGGACCAACUAAACGAUGGUGGCUUGCAACUCAUUUUUGCCUUUACCUGUGAUACAGGCUCUGACGGCUGGGUUGAUACGGUUACUUUCUCCGAAUCAUAG